CAUACGUGCACUUGUGGCUUCUGCCUUAGCGCAAUCUAAUAAACUCUUUCAACAGGUUCAACAUAUUUGAAACCUUGCGAGGGUCCGAGAGAAUAGCGUAAUAGUCAAAGCUACUAAUUGGACAUAUAUAAAGGUACAUAUUACUAUUCAAGCAAGAACACCCUACAAACAACGAAGUACCUAUCUGCACAACAUUGAAUGGUCUUAAUGCCACCAAAUAAAAUGGAGAAAAUGAGUUCUGACGAGCCGGAAGCUGCACCUCCAGCGUAUGAGAGCCUUAAUACAAGCGACCAGCAACCACACCGAGUAGUACCACCAGCAACCAACGGAAAAAGAUACUUUGAGAAAGAAACGAAAUCCCAUAUAGCAUUUUGUUUCAGUCCUGACCCUACUAAGCCCUAUCCAACACAGUUAUGGUCUGCUCAGAUGAUUAUUAAAUGCGAUAACGUACCGCAACUCAUGCUCGAGGGCCUCCGCUGGACAACGGAUAGUGUCCUGUGGGAAGAUGGAUAUGUUGCUGAGAUUUCUGCCGCGUACAUGCACAUCAAAACCUUCGAGGAUCUUUGCGAAGCAGGACUGACCUGGACGCGUCACUACUUUCUACAAGACAUACAACAAGAACCCCCAAGGUGGAUUGCCCACUUACAAGUUCAUGCUGAAACCUGCAAGACCUUGGCCGGUAUUAAAUUAGGAGAGCUUUCUAUCCAGAAUGUGGUUUCUGCAUAUGCUUGGGGUAGUCGCAGAGAAUACAUAUAUUCAUGGAUUAAAAAGAAACCAUGGGAGGCCUAUAAUGCCAUCUAUGAUGACAUGCCUAUGGACGGCUGGUGGCCAUGGCCAAAGAGAGAGAAUAUAUAGCUGCAGGAAAGGGGGUUGUUUAUAGUUUACUCACAUAACACCAUCGAUAUUGCCUGUAUCUACAUACGUGUGACUAGGAGGUUAUUAGGUAUGUAGGUAAUUUACUUAUAGUCUACCUCUUUGAAAAGUGGUGCUAAGACC